CAGUGGGCAGCAGUCGCGCGUGUUGUUCAGUUCGGGUUUCGUCGGCUCUCUAUCAUCGCGUAUGCCGAAGCGCCGGGGAGUCGACGGCUAUAUCUCGGCUGCAUCUCCUGGCCGCUGCCGCGCGGCGCGGUGAUGACGGACGACGCGUCCGUCCGUCCACGCCUGGCGAGAUCCGCCUGCGUCUACCGCGAGUGCCACGUACUACGCGCGACGACGAGGUAAAGAGGUGAGGUUAAGUCCUCCUCGUCGUGAGGGAAGGAAACCGGCGCGAGGCCGAGCCCCGCGACGAGACAUGAUCCUCUCGCGAAGAAGAUGAGGCGAAACGUGAUCAGCCUGAUCAAGUUCCUCCUCCUGGCGGCGUUCACCGUGCUCCUCACCGUCGUGGUGUUCCGUUACGCGCGAUCGCCGCCCAGCCGUCGAAUCCCGGCGCCGCUCGACACCCUGGCGGCGGCGGCGGUCGCCGCCGACCCGAGGGAUGACAGCAAUCGAGGAAACGACGAGCGUUCGCGUCAGGAUUUGGAUGACAAAAUCGAUUGGCAUGAUUACACGAAGAUUGAGGAAGAGGAGAAACGUAUGGGGAUGGGGGAACACGGGAGACCAGCCUUUCUCUCCCCAUCCCUCGACGCGCGAAAAGAAAAAUUGUAUCAAGUAAAUGGAUUUAAUGCAGCUCUCAGCGAUGAGAUCUCAAUGAAUCGUUCAGUGCCUGACAUUCGCCAUCCAGAUUGUAGGAAAAAGAAGUACUCGAGGAGCCUGGAUCCCGUUUCUGUGAUAGUGUCCUUCCACAACGAGCAUUUCAGCACGCUGCUGCGCACCUGCUGGAGCGUGGUUAAUCGCUCGCCGCCUUCCCUCUUAGAAGAGAUCAUACUGGUCGACGAUGCCAGCACGAAAGUCGAGUUAAAAAGGAAGCUAGACGAUUACGUUGCCCAGCACUUGCCGAAGGUGUCGGUCGUGCGGUUACCAAAACGCUCGGGAUUGAUUAGAGGUCGAUUGGCGGGCGCGAAGAAGGCGAGAGCGAAGGUUCUCGUGUUCCUGGACUCGCACAGCGAGGCUAAUAUAAAUUGGCUGCCGCCGUUGUUGGAGCCCAUCGCGCGGGACUACAAAACCUGCGUCUGUCCAUUCAUCGAUGUGAUAGCUUACGAGACUUUUGAGUACAGGGCGCAGGACGAGGGCGCCCGAGGAGCGUUCGACUGGGAGUUGUACUACAAGCGGCUUCCGUUACUUCCCGAGGAUUUGAAGAGACCCGCGGAACCGUUCAAAAGUCCCAUAAUGGCGGGCGGUCUGUUCGCGAUCAGCGCCAAGUUUUUCUGGGAAUUAGGCGGUUACGAUCCGGGCUUGGAUAUAUGGGGUGGCGAACAGUACGAGCUGUCUUUCAAGAUCUGGCAGUGCGGCGGUCAGAUGUACGACGCGCCGUGCUCGAGAGUCGGUCAUAUCUAUCGUAAAUUCCCGCCGUUCCCCAAUCCCGGCCGCGGCGACUUCCUGGGAAAGAACUACAAGCGGGUCGCCGAGGUGUGGAUGGACGAGUACGCGGAGUACAUCUACAAGAGACGCCCGCACCUGCGAACGUUGGAUCCGGGUGACUUGUCGGAGCAGAAGGCCUUGCGCACGAGAUUGCGCUGCAAACCAUUUAAAUGGUUCAUGGAGAACAUUGCCUUCGAUCUCGUGGAGGUGUAUCCGCCCAUCGAGCCAGACGACUUCGCCUACGGGGAGAUUAGGAACAUGGGCGCGACCGAACUGUGUUUGGACUCGAAGAAGCGGAAGAGGGACGAGCUUGUCGUGAUGGACACUUGUAUGAAGGACGAUCCGAAAGUGUCGGGCGAGCAGGAGUUCCGGCUGACCUGGCAUAAGGAUAUCAGACCGAAGGAUCGCACGGAUUGCUUGGACGUGUCCAGAGGCGAGGAGAAAGCACCGGUGAGCUUGUAUCCCUGCCACGGAAAACAGGGCAAUCAAUUGUGGCGUUACGACGUCGAAAAGCAGUGGCUGCAACACGGUUACUCGUCCAGAUGCCUGGACACCGAUCCGGGCGGUAAAAAGGUGUUUGUGACUGCAUGCGACAAAUCGUCACCCACUCAGAAAUGGCGGAUAGAGCAAGUUAACAUGAAGGCGAUUAAUAAUUGGGAGAGCAUAGGACCCAAGCUCAAGUGAAUUCUCUUUCUUCGUACUGCCAUGUUACUUGAACAGUAGGCUCGCGCCGAAUUCCUACUCGUUAUAGAAUUAUAGAAAUCUAA